AUGACGAGCGACCUAAUACCGGCGGACCAAGGUAUCGACCUCAUCAAUGUCGCAUUUGAGAACCCUCGUUUGGCAUCGCGUAUGGAGAAUGCUGCCGAUGGCGUGAGUAUCUUCGAAGCCUGUCCCGACAGGAUAACAGGCAGAAAGUCCUUUGAGGAGCUAUCUGCGGUUUGUCCAGAGCGUCAGUGGAGAUUCAUUGCCGUUGAUGUACCGUACCAAGAAGUACUUGCCAAUCGGGAUCAAGUGAUCUCCCUCAUGUACCCCCACAACACUGAGAUGGACUUGUCUAUUGCUUAUGCUCUCUACUUUGCGGCCCGAGGCGUCGGCAUGGCCUACAGCCGCCAGUCAGAUGCUGCAGUUCCUUACGCUACCCCGGCGAGGGUUCUUCUGUCGGGUCUUGGAGCCGAUGAACUCUUUGGUGGUUAUGUUCGACAUGCAACGGCGUUCUCACGGAGAGGCUACCCAGGUCUCUUGGACGAAUUGAAGCUAGACGUCAGCCGGCUUGGGAAGCGGAACUUGGGCCGCGAUGACAGAGCGAUGAGCCAUUGGAGUCGCGAGGUGCGGUUCCCCUAUCUCGAUGAGGAGUUUGUCAAAUGGGCCGUCGAGUGUCCAGUGUGGGAGAAGUGCGACUUUGGGUACUCUGAGGCAGACUCGGGAAUCGAGCCUGGGAAGAGAGUCUUGAGACUACUAGCAGAGGCGCUUGGCAUGUCCUCUGUCGCCCGCGAGAAGAAGAGAGCAAUUCAAUUCGGCUCAAGAACUGCCAAGAUGGAGAGCGGAAAGACGAAGGGUACUACGCUCAUAGCUCCCUGA